GUUGAGGCGCUUCUCGAGGCCAACGCGAACGUGCAUGCGACGACACCGGGUAAGGCCACGGCCUUGGUUUUGGCGGUCGGGAAGGGCCAUACCGAGGUCAUUGCGCUGCUUUUGACGGCGGGCGCCGAUGUCAACCACCGCCUUCCGUCAGGAGCAACGGCGUUGAUGCUCGCGGCUCACUCAGGCCACGACGCCGUGGUGCAGCAGCUGCUUGAUCGCGGGGCCGAUAUCGAUCUUCACCAAUGGAACGCCAUGACACCACUCAUGGCAGCUGCAAGCGCAGGCAGCGUGGCUGUCGCUUCGAUACUCCUCGCCGCCAACGCUAACGUCGCCGACCUCGACAAGAUGGGUUGCAGCGCGAUGCACUAUGCGGCCUCAAAUGGACAUGCAGCCAUGCUUCGCGCUCUCAUGAGCGCCGGCGCAAACCUCGACGUCCUCGCGUCGAUGGGGCAGACGCCGCUGUACAUGGCUGCAGAGAAUGGCCAUGCUACCGCGAUGAUGGCUCUGCUUGAGGCUGGUGCAAACGUUCACGCUGGUGUUGCGGUCGGUGCUUCGAGUCUCAUUGUCGCGGCUGCGAAUGGUCAUCUGGAAGCCGUCGAGUGUCUUCUCGCCGCCAAAAUCGACGUCAACGCCACUUCGGCAACAACGGGGGCGACGGCGCUGUGCAUGGCAUCUGCCAACGGCCACGACGCCAUCGUCCGCCGACUUGCUUAUGCGCGAGCCAACCUCGACCAGCCCGCUUUGGACGGGUCGACACCGCUAUCGCAAGCUAUCGCCAACGGCCACGCCCGCGUCGUCGACGUUCUCCAAGACGUACGGGACAAGAAAAUGAAGCUGCUGCGCGCUGUGCGCCACGGCGACCUCGAGACCACCCAAGCCUUUUUGACCGAGGGGCUCAGCGUCAACGAGAAUGACGAGCAUGGUAAUACGCUCGUGCACCUUGCGGUCUUGGGCCAGCACGACGCGCUUCUGGACAUUCUCCUGGCGCAAGAGGGUGUUCAGACGACGCCUCUCAACAAGUUUGGGGAGACGCCCAUCAUGAUCGCGAUCAAGAUGGCCAACGAAACUCUUGUGACGCAGCUGCAUCACGCGCAAGCAACGCCAGCCGUCGAGAUUUUGGCAAGCGAUGUGAUGCGGUUGGGCGAGCUGGGGCGCGGUGGCUACGGCGUUGUGUACAAAGGGUCGCUUCACAACCACGAUGUCGCUGUCAAGACCUUGAAAGAUGUACAAGGCGAUGCAGCGUCCUUGCGCCGCGAGAUGGCCGCCAUGGAAGCGAAUGCAUCGCCGUACUUGCUGCGGCUGCUGGCGACUGUCGACAUUGACUCGACGAACCCGCAGCUCGUGCUCGAGUACAUGGACGGCGGCGAUCUUUCGUCGUACCUCGACAAGGUGGCCAACGACCAAGCCGUAGCGGUGGGCUACUCGUCGCUCGAGGUGGCGUGGGUCGUUGCCAACGCUUUGAACGACCUCCACGCCAAGGACGUCGUCCAUCGCGACAUCAAGACCGACAACAUCCUCCUCUCCUCGACCCAGUACAUCAAGGUGGCUGACGUGGGUAUUGCCAAGAAGAAGACGUCGCUCAUGACGACGGGGGCUGGCACCAACAAGUGGAUGGCUCCCGAGGUGCUCAUAUCGGGCAGCAACUACGGCACUCCCGCCGACAUGUUCUCGUUUGGCGUCUUGCUCGAGACGCUCUUCCCCGACAUGGCAAGCUACGCCGACGCCGACAACACUCCGUGGUAUGCGGCGCUGCACGCGCGAUGCAAGGCGACGGCACCCGAGACGCGCCCGACGGCGGCCGACGUUGUCCAGCUUCUGCGUCCGGAACUGCAACAGCGACCGGAGCUCAUCGUGUCACGUCCUGCCUUUGUCGCCGAUCUUGCGAGCGAACAGGUGUCCUCAACACCGACGAACGUCCUCUCUAUUGAGUCGAAUGCGUCGGCGUCGGCGGGCCCACGACCGGCGAUUCGAACGUCCAUGGCCGUGGGUGCUGCUAUCUCGGACAUGACGCCGGAGCAAGCAUUCCUCCGCGCUGUUUACAGCGGUGACGUCGAUGGCGUCAUCGCCCAACUCGACGAUGGCGUGCAUCCCGACUGUGCGACUGAGAUUGGCGAGACGGCACUUGUGUUGGCGGUGAGCCGAGGCCACACGCGUGUGGUUGACCUCCUCCUCGCCCGUGGCGCCAAUACCAACCUCGAUACCGCGGACGGGACCUCGGUCUUGCACGUCGUCGUGGCCCAGAAGCGCCAUGCUCUGCUCGAGACUCUUGUCGCUGCCGGCGCCAACGUCAACGCCCGCAACGGCCGCGGCGACACGCCACUGCAUGCAGCCACGCGACUCGACGACGUGGCUUUGGUCGAGCAAUUGUUGGCAAGCGGCGCUGACCCCAACUUACUCAACGAUGAGAAGGCCUUGCCGCUGCAUGAUGCGGCGGGCAACGGACGGGACAUCCAAAUCGUCACGGCGUUGCUUGCGCGUAUGCGCAACGUCGACCAGCCCUACGGCAACGACGGCGACAACUUUGCCGGUGCGACGGCGCUCUACAUGGCGGCCAUGCAUGACCACGCGGCCGUCGUCGACCUGCUCUUAAACGCCGGCGCCAACGUCAAUGCCGAUGCGGUUGGCGAGAGCCCCCUCUUUACGGCGUCGUCCAGAGGCCACGCGGACGUGGUGCGCAAGCUGCUCGCGAGUUCGCCGAAUGUGAAUGCGGUUUAUGAAUCGGUGUCGGCUCUGUACGUGGCCGUGCACGAAGGCCACGCCGACGUUGUGGCCGCGCUUUUGGCCGCGCCUGGCAUUCAAUUCGACCAAGACGACAUGAAUGGUGAGACGCUGUUGCACGUGGCCGUAGCGAUGGACAAUACCGACGUCGUGCGCGUGCUCUUGAACGCUGGCUUUGACAUCAACGCGACCAACAAGCAAGGACAACGGCCGAUCGAAUAUGCGGGACGCCUCCGCAACACGACGAUGAUGGGUCUGAUGACCGACGCCUCGGACCACAAAUACGCGCUCCAGGACGCCGCCAACGCCAACGACUUGGCCAAGGUGCGCUCGCUGCUGAGUCGCCCGUUCAACAGCAACGCGUUCAACAAGAUGGGCGACUCCUUGGCGCAUUUGGCCGUGCGGGCUCACGACACGGAGACGCUUGCCUGCCUGAUUGCGACGCCGGGCAUUCAUUUGGAGGAGCCAGAUCUGGGCGGUCGAUCUCCAAUGGCCGUCGCCAUCCAGCGCGGCUACCUCGACAUGGCGGAGACGCUUUUUCGUCAUUUGCACCAGCCUGUCCAGGAGAUCACGGGUGACGACUACGAAAUGUCGACAGAGGAGCUCGGAGCAGGCGGCCAAGCGGUUGUGUAUCGGGGCACGUAUCAAGGGCGCAAGGUCGCCACCAAGAAGUCCAAGGGGUCCAAAGACGGUGCUGCGAUGCUCUGUGCUGAAGCCGACGCCAUGACCAAGUGUCCGUCGCCGUACCUAGUGUCGCUACUCGCUGUGGCAGACCGCGCUUCGAUGACGCCGGCGCUGCUACUCGACUACAUGGACAUGGGCACGCUGCGGGGUUAUCUGGACCAGAAGCGGUGGCGGCAAGUGAGCGAGUUGCAGCUGACCAACCUCGAGGUGGCGUGGGUCGUGGCGAAUGCGAUGAAGGACUUGCAUGCGCUUGGCAUCGUUCACCGCGACAUCAAGAGCGACAACGUCCUCUUGAGCUUGGACCACUACAUCAAGCUCGGCGACUUGGGUAUCGCCAAGGUGGCCGCCACGUACAUGACGGACGGCCGCGGCACGGCGCGCUGGACUGCCCCCGAAGUGCUGCGCGUCGACGGUGAGCGCUACGGCACUGAGGCUGACAUCUACUCGUUUGGCGUGCUCUUGACGGAGCUGGAUACACUCGAGCUGCCGUUCCACGAUGCCACUGACCUGGCGAACGAGUAUCAGAUCAAGGAGGCGGUCCUCGCGGGUCGCCGACCGACGCUGACCGAGUCCUGCGAGUCGUGGCUGCACGAGCUCGCCACGCAGUGUCUCGAGACGGAGCCAUCCAAGCGCCCCACAGCCAACGAGAUUGUCAAGACCCUUGCGAAGCGCGUGGCCAAAGGCCCCGUGGUUGGUAAUCUCGAGACGUUCCACCGCGCGGUAGCGGCGAAUGAUGUUGCAUCGGUGCAAAAGCUGCUCCUGAACGGGUUUGACCCCAACUAUACGGUCAAGAGCGACACGGUGCCGCUGCCGAUGGCCGUAAGCUAUCACAAGGAAGACGUCGCGCAGCUUUUGCUCGACCACGGCGCGUUCGUGGACAGCUACUGCGAAGGCUGCAGCGGGCUUCACGACGCUGCGAGCGACGGCAACUGGAGUCUCGUCAAGCUACUGCUCGAUUCGGGCGCCAAUGUCGAUUUGCUCGACAAGAAGCAUCGCAGUGCGCUCUACCGGGCGGUCAAGAACGACCACGAGAGCAUUGUGCGCCUCCUCCUCGACGCCGGUGCCGACGCCACGCUACCAAACAAGACGGGCAAGACGCCGUUGGCGCUCGCCAAGGCCGACGACGACUUGAUAGAGUACGUGCCGCUCUUGGAAGGCGCCGAGGCCGCGCACGCCGCCACGUCUGAGCUGCGCCUCUGCGCUGGCUGCGACGACGCGUGGCAUCCGAUCGAGGCUGCUUGCGCUGCCUGCGGCCACGACGCCUCGCUGUACGACAAGGUCUCGUGCUUGGUGCGUCGGUUCGUGACGCUGCACCACCGUGGCGUGCCGAUCGACUGGACGCGCACCUGUGUGCCGUGCAGUCGCACUAUGUUUAUGCUCGAGACGUGUCCUGGCUGCCAGCGCGCGUCGCCCGCGAGCACGGACGAGCUCAAGAUGCUGCUCAAGCGACUGUGGUUCGCGGCCACAAAGCCUACCACAAAGACGCCAGCGCUCCGGUAUAUCGCGGCUUGGUUCCGCCGCAGGAACGCAGCAAGAAAGCUUGCGGCCUCGACCGACCUCGACAAGCGCAACGCCGAGUACGGCCACAUGAUGGCGCUCAUCGACGCCAUCGAGGAGGACAACAUGCCGAGGCUAGUACAGUUGCUAGCACAGCCCACGACACCGACCCGCAACGAUUGCUAUGGCAACUCCCUCGUGCACCACGCUGUCAAGCAAAAUAACCUCGCCAUGCUGCAAGUGUUGCUGGCAGCGCCCGGCAUCCCGAUCGACCACCAAAACAACGCGCGGGAAACGCCAUUGGCUGUCGCGAUCGCCGCGGGCGCCGCCGAUCUCGUGCGCGUUCUCUAUACGGCUAUGUGUCCGCCCACCGACAAUGCGGCGAUGACGAGUGCCUCGGCGUACGUGCGUGCGGAGCCCCCGUCGGUGCACGACUACAUUCUUCGCCACAAGCUCGAUUUGCAAGUGCCGGGAUCGCGCCUCCAGACGUGGCCGACCAAGCUCCAGCUUGCGUUUGUGGCCGCAAAUGCGCUCGCCGAUCUCCACGCAGCAGGUCGCGUCCACGGGUCGUUCUCAAGCUACAGCCUGUACGCGGACCCGUAUGCCGGCACGAUCCACACACUGUAUCCUGGCUACGUACCACCAAGCACGUCGAUGGCGCCGUGGACAGCGCCGGAAGUGCGCGUGGCGCAGCUGCCGCCAACGCCCGCGUCCGACAUGUACGCGCUCGGCGUUUUCUUUACGGAGCUCGACACGCUCCUCAUGCCGACGGUCCAGCUCGGACGUCUUCGCGACGACUGCGAGCCGUGGUACGCCGACAUUGUGGCUCGCUGCACCACGGACGACCCGACACUGCGGCUGACCGCCGCCGACGUUGUCACUCGCCUGCAACCCCACGUCGACGCGGCCACCAAGCAGCGCGAGAUGUUUCGGGCCUUUGAUGAAGCGACCUGUCCGUUGCAGAUGGACGUUAUCACCAAGCUUUUGGACGACGGGCUCCACCCAAACGCUGUCUUCACGAACGGCCAGAGCGUCUUGUGUGCCGCGAUCUUGUCAGUGUCCCCCGAGCUUGUGCGCUUUAUGCUGUCGCGCGGCGCGGACGUCAACCACCCACUGGGUCCACUGGGUACACCGCUGCUGUUUGCAGCGAGUCGGAUCUUUAGCUACGAGAUCCUUGCCAUCUUGAUCAAUGCGGGCGCCGACAUUCAUGCAGUGCAUCCGGUGGACGGCGAUACCCCGCUUAUAAACGCAGUCUUCUUCGGCAACCCGCUGGCCGUCGCCCAACUCGUCUACUCGGACCUGUCGACACUGCUCGCGCGCGACAAGGAAGGCAAGACUGCGCUCGAGAUUGCGCGGACGCUGCGAGAGGAACACCUUUGUGCCGGCACGGUGUCGAUGCGCAAGCAACCCGUCGAUGUUGCCGUCGUGCUGGAAGACGCCGAGCGCUGGCGCGUGAUGCUACUGGCACGCGACUUGCCGAUGACCACGGCGCGCUUCUGUGCCGACUGCAGCAUGCCGUUAUCGAUCGAGGACUUGAGCUGCCGCACGCGCACAUGUGGCGCGGCCAAGGUCGUCCAGUCGGUCUUGUCCAGCGCCAAAAACUUCUUCUCCAAGAGAAAGUAGAUCCACCGCGGCUAUCAUAGCAAAACAUGGUUUUUGUAUCAA